AUGGGUGUUCAUGGAUUAUGGCAGUUGUUGGACUCGACAGGGCGCCCAAUCAAUAUGAAAGGUUUAGAAGGCAAAAUUUUAGCGAUCGAUAUAAGCAUAUGGCUUCAUCAAGCAGAGAAAGGCAUGCAAGGAAGAAAAAAUGCUUAUAUUCUGUUGUUGUUCCAUCGUAUUUGCAAACUUUUGUUCUUAAAAAUUCGUCCAGUAUUUAUAUUUGAUGGACAACCACCAGAAUUAAAACGAAGAAUACUUGCUGAAAGACGUCAACGCCAAGAAACUGCCUCAACGAAAACAAAAAACGCCAACAAAAAAAUCAUGGAAAAUUAUAUUAAGACACUUGCUAUUCAGCAUUUAAAAGGAGAAGAUACAAGCAAAUCUUUGCCACCAUUGCGAAUAGAGUUAGAUGAAAAAGAUAUGUUCGAAUUACCUGAUACACAUUUACGAGCGCAAAUAGAAAUUGAUGAAGUCGAUAUGGACACGGAUGAUAUUAUCGAGAAGUCUACAAAAAGUACACGACCAAAACAUGAUUAUCAUCAUCUGUUUCCAGAGAAUAAAAAAAUUGAUCAAGAUGUUUUGAAUAGUUUACCAAGUGAUAUGCAACAUGAUAUUUUGAUUGAAUAUAAGGAACAUUUGAAACGUGGGCGACAUCAACAUCAUGAAAUGCCACAGAACAGUGAUGAUUUUUCUGGUUAUCAAUUGAAUAAAGUUUUACAACAAAAUUCAGUAACACAAACAAUGAAAAAUUGGAAUAGUACAAUUAAACGACAAAAAUUUGACAUUCCAUCUGGAUCAAGUGAUAAAGUUAUACAUGGAAAAUUAGCGUCAAAUGAAAAUAUUGAGUAUUUGUUAAUUAAGCACGGUAACAAAAUACAACAGGAUAUUAUAGUCUCAACUACUUCAAGUCAAAUCGAACAACCAACGGUGAACAAAAUAACAACAGAAACUGAUUAUCCAUCAACGAUAAAAAAGAAUUCUUUUAUAAAUAAUCAACGAUCUAAUGAAACAGAUGAUGACUAUAUGUUAGCCUUAGCAAUUGAAGCAUCAUUAAAACAAGAUAAUUCAAUAGUGAAUGGAAUCAGUAUUAAUGAUAAUACUAAAAGUGGUAUUAAACAUUUAUCUGUGAAUCAAAGUGAAAGUUCACAUAAAAAUGAUGACGAUAAAACUUUAGAUAGGACUAAAAAACCUACACUUGAUAAAGAUGAUCUCGUUAUUGUUGAUGACACAAUGAUGACCAGGAUUAAUAAUACUUAUGAAAAACUGAUGGAUAAUUUUGAAAACUCAACUCCUAUUGAUGUGACAACGGAUGAUGUAGUAUUAGUUAGUAAUGAUGAAAAUAAUUUUAAUGUUAGUAAUGAAAAAAGUACUUGUACCUCGUUGACCAGUGAACCACCUAGUCAGAAAACCACAAUCACAACAACGGUUAAUGACAGUAGUUCGGAUGAUGACGAGAAUGAUGAUGAUUUCAUUGAGGUUCCACCGGUUCAACUUGAUACAGAUAUGUUCGAAACAUUACUAACACAGCAGAUAAUUCAAAAUGAGAGCAGUGACAGCAUCGAUAUAAAUCCAACAGAUUUAUUUAAUAGUGAAGAUAUCGAAUUUCUUAAUGAAUUACCAUCAAAUGAUAGUGAGAGUAAUCAGCCAGAAUCCGAACAACUUGAUGAUUUACAAGUGCAGUUGGUUAAUGACACAAAUGAACAAUUAAAAACAAUACGCGAACAACAACGCUUACAGGCAACAUUAACAGAUGGUAUGCACGAAGAUGUACAAUACAUGUGUCGUCUAUUUGGAAUUCCGUUUCUUGUCAGUCCAACAGAAGCAGAAAGUCAAGCGGCAUUUUUGGAUUUAACAAAUCAAAUUGAUGGUGUUAUUAGUGAUGAUUCUGAUGUUUGGGUAUUUGGUGCAAAACAUGUUUAUCGAAAUUUUUUCCGUCAAAAUGAAAUGAUUGAAUAUUAUUCUGAUUCUAUCAUCAAUAAACAGUUAGGUCUUAAUCGAGAAACGAUGAUUGCCGUUGCUAUGAUAGUUGGAAGUGAUUACACAAAAGGUAUAGAAAAAGCAGGAGUAAUGACAGCAAUCGAAAUAUUAAAAGAGUUUCAUGGUGAUUGUAUGGAACGAUUAAAAAAAUUUCGUAAUUGGUGGGAAGAAGCUCAAAUGCCCGAUUAUAAAACAAAAUCAAAGUCAUUAAAUCGAUUAAAAUCAUUAAAAUUAAAUGAAGAUUUUCCAAAUGAACUCGUUUAUCGUGCCUAUAUAAAUCCAAAUGUUGAUCACGAUGCGUCGAAGUUUAGUUGGUCUAUGCCACAACUAGAAUUAAUUCGAGAAUUUAUGUGGAAUAAAUUGAGGUGGGAUCGAAAUAAAGUUGACAAUGAAUUAUUGCCAGUUAUGAAACGUUUUAAUACAAAAGAACUUCAAUCUCGAAUCGAUUCUUAUUUUUUACAAAUAGAUGGUGAUGUGGCAAAAUCAAUGAAAAAUCCUCGAUUAAGAAAAGCUGUGGAGGAACUGAAACAACGGACAAUGAAUAAUAAUGGAUUGAUACUAGACGAUAUUGGGGAUGAUAAAUAUAAACAAAAUGACGAUAUAAAUUUAUCUGAGAAUGACGAUGACAUUGAACGAUUGGCAUCAGUGUUGGAAACACGUCCUCAGACACAACUGUCAACGAAUACAAGAUUGAUGGAUGAUGUUCUUGCUAUUGCUAAAAAAACGAAAGAACCGACGAAAAAAUUGAAGAAGACAAAAAAGGUAAAGUCGAAUUCAUCGAUAUUGGCAGAAGAACUAGAAGAGAGUGCCAAUGUGUCAAGAUUACGAUCAAAAAAGAAAUCAUCAAAAUGA